AUGCAUGGAACCGGUGGAGGUGCUGCGUUUGAGACCACGGAUGCAGAAUGGCAGUGCCUUGAUCCACGAAGUAACCAUUUGAGGGAUGAGGGUGUGGUGAAAAAGGUAAAAAAGCUGCACACCGAGCUGCGAUCAGACCUUGAGGGACCAUCCCAGGCUGUGGAGCAGACGGGAGGGAGCCGUAGUGGUGGUAUUGUGACGGAUGUGGAUGAGAACGAGCAUGACAUGAAGCUGCCAAGAGGUGUGAGUACGGAAGCGGGUGACCACUGCGAAGAGGUUGCAAAGUCUAGGACCAAGGUUGCCUGGGGUACUCGGUGUUAG